GUUGGUGCCUCAGCUGGGCACCAUGACAGAGCUGUCCCCCAACUUCUCGUGCCACCACCACUCCAUCGACGACUUCCGCAACAGCGUCUACUCCACACUCUACUGCAUGAUCAGCAUCGCGGGCUUCGUGGGGAACGGCGUGGUGCUCUACGUGCUGAUCCGCACGUACCGCCAGAAAACGGCCUUCCAGGUCUACAUGCUCAACCUGGCCCUGUCCGACUUCCUGUGCGUGCUCACCCUGCCGCUGCGCGUCACCUACUACGUGCACAAGGGCCACUGGUUCUUCAGCGAUUUCCUCUGCCGCCUCUCGUCCUACGCGCUCUACGUCAACCUCUACUGCAGCAUCUUCUUCAUGACGGCCAUGAGCUUCUUCCGCUGCAUCGCCAUCGUCUUCCCGGUCCGCAACAUCGGCCUGGUGUCGGAGAAGAAGGCCAAGUUUGUGUGCGUCGGCAUCUGGGUGUUCGUCACGCUGACGAGCGCGCCCUUCCUGCGCAACGGGACGUACCAGGACGGCAACAAGACCAAGUGCUUCGAACCGCCCGAGAACUCCCAGAAGACAAACCUGGUGGUGAUCCUGGAUUUCAUCGCCCUCUUCGUGGGCUUCAUCAUCCCCUUCGUCAUCAUCACCAUCUGCUACACCAUGAUCAUCCGCACGCUGCUGCGCAACUCGCUGCGCAAGAACGAGGCCAACCGCCGCAAGGCCGUGUGGAUGAUCGUCAUCGUCACCGCCACCUUCCUGGUGAGCUUCACGCCCUACCACGUGCUGCGCACCGUGCACCUGCACGCGCUGCGCCAGCGCGGCUCCGCCUGCGCCGAGACCCUGUUCCUGCAGAAAGCCGUCAUCGUCACCCUGCCCCUGGCCGCCGCCAACUGCUGCUUCGACCCCCUGCUCUACUUCUUCUCCGGGGGAAACUUCCGGCAGAGACUCACCACGCUGAGGAAGAUGUCCUCCUCCAGCUUGUCGCAAGCCUUCAGGAAAAAGGUGUCUGUGAAGGACAAGGAUGAGGAACCUUUUAGAGAAAGCCACGGUGAGGAGAAUGGGAAGGCAGCUGUGGCUCCUUUGUAAGGAGUUAAACUUUCCCAUCAGAGCUCUGCUGGCGGAUGGAGAUCUCUGAACUCUUCCAGAAGAUGGGAUGGAGGCUUUCAAGCCUUUGUUGCGGUUAAAUGACUGUGGGCAGAGCCUGGUUUGUGGUACUUGGUGGGGCUGGGCAGCCCCUGGGACCCCCAGAGCCCCUUAGGACAGAGCAGCCACCUCCAGCAGACCGUGGAGCUGCUGCUGACCUCCCAAACCCCUUCCAAAGCUAUAUUUGGGCAUUUGCUUCGUUUCACAACUUUCCAAGAGCGUUAAUUCCCCCAGCCAGUGGGAAAUGUAAACAAAGCUUGCAGCGCGUGGGGAGCUCUUGACCAACGGCGAGUUUUCACUGGAUCUUCAAACAGCCGCCAAGUUAUUUACACAGCAAGGCCAGGAUGAUUCCUGCCCUGCUCCCAGCUGCCUCUGGAUUUUGGUUUUUAUGCUCAUUUUAGGUUUCCAGGGCUGUGCAUGGGCUGCAAAUCAGGAUGGGCCCCUCUCCCACCUCCAGUGAGCAGCUCGAGAGGCUUUGGUGGGCAGCAGAUUUGUGGGUGUUUUCCCAGUUUCUAGAAAAAUCCAUGGGAUCAGUUGUAAAAUUGCAGUCUCUUACUGUGCAGGAUAACUUAGGAAUAAGGAUAAGAGGGAACCUUAUUUCAGUAGGACUGGUCCUGAAGUGAUGGCUGCAGGACUCAGAAUGUCACUCCAGUUUUUGGGGAAGUUUAGGUAAAAGUGCAGCUCUGCAUGCUUGGAGUCAGAUUUGCCUUUCUCAACUAUUGGCCAAGGGUGUUAAAUUAAUAAUAAAUAUAAAUAAAGCUCUCCAGGAUGUUUGAUCCUGUUCCAGAGUGUUCACCUCACCCACACCUGGCAGCAUAGAGGCAACAGGAGGCCCCUGGAAAGAUCUUUAGGAAGAGCUGGAGAUUCAAAAUUUGAGUCUGGAUGAGAUGUGAUGCUGAAAAAACAUUUCUUCUGUAAAGAAAAACUUCCAGCUCUUGGAGGGAAACAUUCCUGUACUUUUCCAGGGGAUCUGCAGGAAGGUAACUCCAGCUCUGCUGGAGCAGAGCCUGGCCAGAAAUGUGCAACACAUCCCAACAGAAAUAGAAAUUCUUGUAGGAUAAAACCUCUCAGUUGGAGAAGGAGUUGAUAAAUGAGCAGCAAGUGUGUUUGGAUAAGGUAUUUAUGAAAUUACUUGAUUUAUCUUGAAUAAAGAAAACAGUUUUAAUAGUGAAGAAUAACAGUCAGCAAAAGGAGUUUGGCUUGGACAGGAGAAAUUAUCUGUACAGAUAAUAAGAGUGUGGAUUCUCUCUUUUCACCACAGCCCUGGCUCAGCAAAAGGCACUUAAAAAACCAAAUUCACCUGCAGGACAAAUGAUGGAUGUGAAUUUCCAAGGAGAGCUGAGAUUCCUUUUUGAAAUUUGAAGGAUAAAGCAGUAGAGGGCUGAAAGCUGCUGCUGCAGAGGGGAUUUAGAGACCCCAUAAACCCCCAGGGCAGAGCCAAGAGUUCAAAGCCAGAACUGCAAACUGUUCAGGGAAAAAACGUGGAUGAAUUGGCUAAAACUCAUUUUCAAGGGCUAGCACUGAGUACUCCACUUGUGUCUCCAGGCUUUAAAGGCAUUGUGAAACUGUAAAUAAAAAUCCUCAUGGAUUUUUAAGAAGAGGAUGCAGGAAUAACAUGGCCAUUCCCAAAGUUUAAAAUAUUGUACAGCAAAGCUAAGUGUGUGUGUAUAUAUGUGUGUAUAUAUUGCACAGCAUUUUUAUUGCACCAGAGGUAUUUUU